AUUUAUCGACUAGUAUUCCACGUAAGAAACUGAACGAACAAAUUCUGCCUGACGUCCGCCUUCCCUGUCAGUUCCCGCGUCUUCCCGAACAUCAAGGGCGAACCGACUCCCGUCACUUUGAAACCUAUGAUACGGCCACGACCAGCCCCCCCAAAGAAAUGCCAGCAGCUCAGCGGAUCGCAGUCGUGGAGACCUCCACAUUUUCCCCGAGUGGGAGCCCGGAUGAACUCCCCUUUUCACGCAAGGCGGGAGGAUGAUCGAUUGCACUGGGGGGGAGUUGUGGCUACAAUACUAGUGGAUUGCAGCCGCCCCCCCCUGCAUGGCAUGAUCAUCGGUUGCGAAUGCCGACUGAGGAUCCAAAGGCCAAGAUUCGCCAAAACUGACCCCAGGACCGCACUAUUAAAUCUUGAUUCCUGUCAAUCGCCCGAGAAGCAGCCGGGACGCUGCACAUUGUGCGAGUCUGAUUUUGGACAUAGGCGCGCGCACACACUGUUUCGAUUUUCGUGGGGGGUCAAGUGUGCAUGUUUUCGUCAUGGCAGAUUCACGCUGCCUUUUUCCCAUCCAUGGCACCCAUGUCAUUUGGUUCCACUGUAUUAUAUCGGCUACAGCCACAUCUCUAAAAAUCGCUUUUUGCUGAGUGAGAAGCAAGUAAGAGGAGGAAACAGAGGAGACUGCACCCGCUGCUCAUCUGCCCCUGUCCGGGGAACGACCGAGGCCUAUAUCCUAGGUGCCCAGCUUUUGACCCUUCCUUCGUCCCCCGCCGCCCCAGACCGAGGAAGCACUUGCCCGCUCAUUGCAAUCGCCUGGGAUACGUAAAAGGAACGAGUUCCUAGUGGGGCGUUUAAGAGAGAGGCGAGAGAGUCGAGAAGCGGUGGGUGUAAUUGUAAUAGGUACUUGAGCAGACUGACAACCGCGCACCAUCUCCACGUCGCAUUUCCUUUCCUGGAUUCAUUGCACCUCCAGGGAUUUGGCUGCUACCUCUAAGCGACUGCCGGUGUCUCUUACUUCCCCCGCCUUCUCUUGUUCUGCCGUCAACCUAUCUAGCACUUUUCCCCAUUUCCCGCCUGUUUUCCCUAUCGCAGGCUUAUCCUCUCUUCCCAUACGACUGUACCGUCGAUCGAACCGA